AUGACCAAGAAAAGGGUCGCCAUAAUUGGGUCGGGAGCAAGCGGGCUCACCUGUAUCAAGUGCUGCCUGGAAGAAGACUUGGAACCCGUCUGCUUUGAAAGGUCCGAUGACAUCGGAGGUCUGUGGAGGUUCCAGGAGAACCGUGAAGAAGGCAGGGCCAGUAUUUACAAGUCCGUGAUCAUCAACACCUCUAAGGAAAUGAUGUGCUUCAGUGACUACCCCAUCCCAGACCACUACCCCAACUUCAUGCACAACUCCCAGGUCCUGGAGUACUUCAGGAUGUAUGCUAAAGAAUUUGACCUUCUCAAAUACAUCCAAUUCAAGACCACAGUGUGCACCGUGAAGAAGCAACCCGACUUCUCUACUUCAGGUCAAUGGGAGGUGGUCACUGAGUGUGGAGGGAAAAAGCAGGUGGCUGUCUUCGAUGGAGUCCUGGUUUGUACAGGCCACCACACGGACGCUCACCUACCCCUGGAAAGCUUUCCUGGAAUUGAAAAGUUCAAAGGAAAGUACUUUCACAGCCGAGACUAUAAGAACCCAAUAGAAUUCACUGGGAAAAGAGUCAUUGUAAUUGGCAUUGGGAAUUCUGGAGGGGAUCUGGCUGUGGAGAUCAGCCACACAGCCAAGCAGGUAUUCCUCAGUACCAGGAGAGGAGCUUGGAUCUUAAACCGCGUGGGGAAAAAUGGAUAUCCUACCGAUCUGCUGCUCUCCUCUCGACUUUCCUACUAUUUGUCAAAGAUCCUUAGCCCAUCACUAAUAAACGGAUUUAUGGAAAAACAGAUGAACCAAAGAUUUGAUCAUGAAAUGUUUGGCCUGAAGCCUAAACACAGAGCUCUGAGUCAGCAUCCCACAGUAAACGACGAACUGCCAAAUCGCAUCAUUUCUGGCUUGGUGAAGGUGAAAGGGAACGUGCGGGCGUUCACGGAGACGGCCGCCAUAUUCGAGGACGGCUCCAGGGAGGAUGACAUCGACGCGGUCAUCUUCGCCACAGGCUACAGCUUUGCCUUUCCUUUCCUUGAAGACUCUGUCAAGGUCGUCAAAAACAAGGUGUCCUUGUACAAAAAGGUCUUUCCGCCUAACCUGGAAAAGCCGACUCUUGCGAUCAUCGGAUUAAUUCAACCCUUGGGGGCCAUUAUGCCCAUUUCUGAGCUCCAAGGGCGCUGGGCCACCCAAGUGUUCAAGGGGCUGAGGAAAUUGCCCUCACAGAGUGAAAUGAUGGAGGAAAUAAAUAAGGCUCGAGAGGAGAUGGCAAAGAGGUAUGUGGACAGCCAGCGCCACACUAUCCAGGGCGACUACGUAGAGACCAUGGAAGAGAUUGCAGAGUUGGUGGGUGUCAGGCCCAAUCUCCUGUCUCUCGCCUUCACUGACCCCAAGCUGGCAUUACGGUUACUACUGGGACCCUGCACUCCAGUCCAGUAUCGCCUGCAGGGCCCCGGAAAGUGGGCAGGAGCUCGGCAAACGAUUCUGACCACAGAAGAUCGUGUAAGGAAGCCUCUGAUGACAAGGGUGGUUGAAAAGGGGGACUCUGGGGCUUCUCUGACGACGAUGCGCGUCUUCAUGCUAGCUGUUGUUUUCUUUGCUGUAAUCCUGGCUUAUUUUUAGAUGGGGCACUGUCAGCCUCCUGGCUUUCCCUGGAAAAGCCUCAUCUAGCAACACCUCAGAACCUGACAAGACUGAACACUGAGCAUCAUACUGCUCAGAAACCUCCCCCCCACCCCUUCUCAUUUUUCCUUUUGCAAGGCUGGGUUUUCAUUUAUCAAUUCAUCUUCCUUCUUCUCUUGAGCCUCCACUUUUUCCUUCUGGAAAUUCCGAGACGAUGAAGUCAGGGCCUCUUUCCUCGUCUCCAUAUGUUAUCUGCAGAGUCCAUUUAAUGCUUGACUGCUGUAUUUCUAAUCUUGCACACCUCGACUUCAGAAUGCAAUCAUUCAUCCUGAAAAGACUGCUCCUGUUAUCAGGCACAUACUGGCUACAGUUUGACCUUGUAAGCAGAGGCAACGUGUCCAGCUCAGGAAUUCCUGCAGAGGGCAGUCCAGCAAGAAUUAACCGCUUAGUGCUGAGGGCUGGAAGUCCAGGAUCAAGGAUGCCGACAGUGAGGAACUCCUGGCUUCAUAAUUAGUACAGUGAGGGCAUUGAAUGGCAAAACAGAAAACAUGUCCUGAGCUAAGUUCCGACAUGUGGCACGUGCUUAAUAAAUACUCAGUGAUAUAUAGGAAAUAAGCUGGCCUCCCUAAGUCAAUCUAGUAAAUGUCUGACUCUAUGGAACUCUUCUUCUGAUACAAUUCAAUGUCUAGCUGGAGGUUAAUUUUCGUUUUUAUAUUAUAACUGAAUAGGCCCACCUUUAAUGUGGGUACUGGAUUUGAACUCGGGUCUUCUUGCUUUCAUUAGCAAGUGCUCUUACCAAGCCAUCUCCCUGUCACCUGCUUCUGCUUUCUUUAACAAAGAGACUACUAGACUGAACAUAGUGGCACAUAUGCUAGGACUGGGGAGUUCCAGGCAAAGGAUCACCGCAAGUUCAAGACCAGCCUAGUCUGCAUAGUGAGUUUCAGGCCAACCAGGUUUGCGUAGUGAGAACUUGCCUCCAACAACAACAACAACAGCAAAAUACAAAACAAGAAAAGAAAUUGCUCCCUGGGUUUAGAAGUCAUUGAAAGAAACUGCCAUCUUCCAAUAGGUAAGCUGAAGAGUGUGAGGGUUUUGCUUAGCUGUCCUGGCUUGACCUGUAAGUGCCUGUAUUAGGAUGGAGGAGGGUUUCAGCUGAGGAGGUGAGUGACUGACUGCCAGCUGCUGAGGCCCAGCUGCUGAGGUGGGGUCUGCCAGGGUGAUUUAGUUCUCCGCCUCUCUACCCUCUCCUUCCAUUCAGAGUCUACAAAGAGUCAAUGAGGUCAUUUAUGUCUUAAGAUAGAAUUCAUUUUUACGGUACUAAUAUUAACCAGGGCAUUCGGCCUAGACCAGUUCUUCUUGGGUGCUACAGUGCAGUUCAGAAAAACAGGAAGUGAUCUGUGUAGCAGGCUUUCUUGUCAGGCUAUCUUUGGACCAUCAGCCCAGAAAUAAUGACCCAGAGACUUAUUAUUAAUUAUGAAAGCUUGGCCUUAGCUUAGGCUUUUUCCCAACUUGCUCUUAUAACUUAAUUAACCCAUUUUUAAAAAGUCUACAUUUUGCCACGUGGCUCAGCUACCUCUUCUUAGCACAGCACAUCCGACUUGCUCCCAGUCUGCUGGCGAAAUCAUGCACCUAGAUUGCUCCUCCCAGUUUCUCCCUCCCUGCCUAUAACUCCUGCCUAUACCUCCUGCCUAGCUAUUGGGCGUUUUGCUUUUUUUUUUUUAAAAAAAAUUACUCCAAUCACAGCAAUACACCUUCACACAGUGUACAAACAUCCCACAACAGAACUGAACUGCAGACAUUAAGAAGCAUCAGCUAUCGGGUUCACUGAACUCCCUAGGGAUAGGUACUGGACGUGCAGGCAGGGUGCCUUCAGAACUAACUGCUGUGCAGUAUGUCUCUAAAUGGACUGUUGCCAGUCACUGAAGUAGGGGGUAAGUUUGGUCAGCGCAAAGAACAGCGUUAGAAUAGCACAAAUAUGCAUAAGCAGAUCUGUGAGAAUUCACACUCUUUCCUCAUCAUACAUGUAAUCGGAAGCUGCCUGACAUUUCACCCCGUGCACCUUCUGCAGACUUAAGUACUGAGCCCUGGUAUGGUUCCUGGGGUCCUUUUCCUUCCCCAAUCCUUUUGAAACUGUUUCUCAUUAUUAAAAUGGUUCUGGGAUUUUUUAAAUAUGAAGAUUGCUUUUGUUCAAAAAUAAAUUGAAGCACUGCAUCUGAA